AUGGAACAGCUACGAGAUAACGUUAAGAAUGUAAACGAGGACUAUCUUGGUGACAUUGACCUGCGUACGCUGCUAACAACUCAGGUGGAGAACCUUCAUGCAGUCUCCAACUCCAAAAACGAGACUUUCACCGCUCUUCAGUAUGCUCAAGACUUUGGAACAAUUUCAAAGGAAUCUUUAAAGAGAACAACGAAGUGGGGUGCGAAGUACUUCACACUUGAGAAGUCUUAUUAUCCAGUGCCUAAAUCCAGUGUGGAGUUACGGGACGUAGAUUUGAUGAAACCUCCUCCAGCUGAUAACGUUGACCCCAACAUCGAGGCAGCCAUGAAGGAAUUGGUUGACAGGUAUCGACCUGUCAAGGACGGUAAGAAGCGAAUCAACAAAAGACAAAGCGGGAGCCCUGCCGCCAGCUGUAUAUUCCAGUACGCCAUCGUGUACUAGAGUAACAUUCCAAGAGAAUGUUUAAGAUGAUCCAGGGACAGACAAUGAAGAACGAGUCGACCAGGAUACAAAUAUUCCACGAGCUAAAAACGAAGUACCAAGAAUCACCUUUGUUGACGAAAGCAUGCUAAGAGUUGUCGCAGUUGGUGACGUGACAGACCUCCCUGAGAAACAGGAUGAAUUCGACACCGAAGCGGAUAAUGAUACAGACAUAACGUUCAGCAGAUUUGGUCGCACCACCUGCGCUCAUUUCCGCCUUGAUCUCUAG